GACGUUGCGGAACGUUGACGGCUCCUCAAAGCUUUUCCGAUCUCCAAACCUAAUCCCAACCAUAACUCCAAUCCUCCUUUCGUUUCUUUUGCUACUUGUUCCUGCGGGUUUCUUGUGUUGCAGGUUUAGAGAUCUAAGGCGCGUCGAUCUCGAUCCAUGGACGCCGUGGCGGUCGUUCGGUCUCCCCAGUUCCUCGGCAAAGCUUCCGAUUGCGCCUCCAGAUCGUGUGUUCUGGCGGCCUCCCGGCCGGAUUUCGUCUCAUUCGAUCCCAGAUCCCAUUUCUCCAGCAGAUGGCUCAAGGGUUGCCGUUCAAUCUCUGUACGGAAGCUUGGGCAAAGAGGAUUCGGUGAUCGAAGGAACAGCGGUAUUAGGGCAUCUUUAUCGUCCCCCAAUUCAUCCGAAUCGUCCUCCCCCAUAGCUCCUCUCCAGUUGGAAUCGCCAAUUGGGCAGUUUUUGUCUCAGAUCCUCAUCAGCCAUCCUCAUCUCGUCCCUGCUGCCGUUGAUCAACAGCUCGAUCAGCUCCAGACUGACCGCGAGGCCGAGAAGAACAAGGAGGAGCCAUCCCCUUCCGGCACUGACCUCGUUUUGUACAGGAGAAUCGCAGAGGUGAAAGCUAAAGAGAGGAGAAGGGCUCUGGAGGAGAUACUAUAUGCCUUGGUUGUCCAGAAGUUCAUGGAAGCUGAUGUUUCCUUGGUUCCCACCCUCUCACAAUCAACGGAUCCCUCUGAGAGGGUUGACCAGUGGCCGCCCGAGGAGGAGAAGAUUGAAAGGCUCCAUUCUCCAGAUGCAUAUGAGAUGAUCAAGAAUCACCUGGCUCUUAUAUUGGGGCAGCGAUUGGGGGAUUCAAACUCUGUUGCACCCAUAAGCAAGCUUCGGGUUGGACAGGUUUAUGCUGCUUCAGUGAUGUAUGGGUACUUCCUCAAGCGAGUGGAUCAAAGGUUUCAACUUGAGAAGUCAAUGAAGAGCCUCCCCUGGGGAACUGAUGAAGAGGAGGAUGCCAUUAAACAAGCAAUGCCCGAUGAGUCGAGACCAUCAGCUCAAAUUGGGAAUUCUCAUCCUGAGGCAUCUUUGGGGUCUUCUCCAAGCUUCAGCCAGGGUGGGUUUGGCCAUAAUGUCAAGCCCUGCAGGCUACGGUCCUAUGUCAUGUCAUUUGAUUCUGAGACAUUGCAAAGGUAUGCGACAGUGAGGUCGAAGGAGGCCUUUAGCAUUAUUGAGAAGCACACUGAGGCGUUGUUUGGGAGACCAGAGAUUGUCAUCACACCUCAGGGGACGAUUGAUUCCUCUAAGGAUGAGCUGAUCAAGAUUAGUUUUGCGGGCUUGAGAAGGCUUAUUUUGGAGGCUGUAACUUUUGGGUCUUUCCUCUGGGACGUCGAGAGCUAUGUAGAUUCCAGGUACCAUUUCGUGACUAACUAGUUUGCUCGAGAGUAAAUUUGAGCAAGUUACUACUGCACAAGUUAGUUUGAAGAUGUUCAUCAGCGAUAAGGAGAUUCAUAUUUGCCAGUUGUGGCAAGCAUUAUGGAGUUGCUAACUCUUUUGUUACUAUCAGAUCCCUCCCCUCUGUUUGAGGGUUUAAGCAUUGUACAAAGGGAGCCUCUUUAGUUUUAUAUUUAGGAAUUUUAUAGUUGCUAUUAAUGCUUAGAACUUGUAUUUCUCAAUGGUAUUUGGGAUAAUUUUGAGUUGCAAUGUGAAAUCCUAGAAUUUGUUUCUGUGAGGAUGAUAAAUUCUUCUAUAACUAGAUUGGGUUAUUGGCAUUGCUGUUA